ACAAUCUUUGCUCUCUUUUCAAUGUCGACGCUUGAGGAACACCGUUUGACGGUGUCUCCAGCGCAGACGCGCCCCACGAGCUCUCAUACCAUUGAUUCGGGCAUUUUGACUGAUACUGGGUCAACAAACUCCGGUUUGCGACGUGUGAACUCAAUGGUUGGGAAGCAAAUUCGUUCCAAACUCCUACCAGACGACAAGGACCCCGAACAUCCGCCUCGGUUCCUCCCACUUGGUGACCUAGAGUCUAUCAUGUGUGAAGGAGCCGUGGACGAGAUAAUAGCUGACGCUUUGCAACUUACCAAAACUGACGCCAUCGAGAUAAAGAAGAAGAUAUGCGGGAAAAGAUCUGAACCAAGACGAAUCAGGAUACUUGCGACACUCAUUCUCAUUGAGAAGGUCAAGCACAUACGACGAUUCUUGGACCACAACGUGUGGGAUGACAAUCUGCCCCUGUUUCCUGAUUUUAGUGAGGCAGUCUUUCAGGGUUGGAAGCCAGGCCACGUCGAGAGCUUCUGUCACAGGCAGUAUGUGGUGCUUGCCCCUAUCUUCGACUUCACAACCAUGGAGCACAACAAAUUCGGAUUGAACCAUCGUAUGCCUUUUCUGGAACGCCUUGUGUGGGAAUGCAGAGGCGCUCACGGAACGAUAUCCAAGGUCAGGAUUCAUAAAGACCACCAGUUCUGGGACCCCAACUCGGCUCCUAAGCAUGAUAGAACCUGCUUUGCUAUCAAGAAAUUUCAGGAUCCUAUCAAAUUCGAGCAGGAGAGACAGGCAUUGGAGCGGUUCAGCUUGCCCAACAAGGGACACGAUCACCUUGUUCGGCUUCUGCUGUCAUAUGAACGAGGAGAUGAAUUCUUCAUGAUUUUCCCUUGGGCUCAAGGAAACCUGGCUGAGUUCUGGAAGAAAAACCCGAGCAAUCCCGCAUCGCGACACGACUCAUCUUGGUUCCUCCAGCAAUGCCUGGGCCUGGCUGGUGGUCUACGCAAGGUUCACAACGACAACUCUUGGCUACUAAGGCAUGGCUCAAAUGGAGACGCAUCUCAGUCUGAUUUCCGAAACCAAGGCCGUCAUGGAGACAUCAAGCCCGAGAAUAUACUCUUCUUUCCAGAAACGGAGACAGCACGGGGGCGCCUCGUCGUUGCUGACUUUACAUUAAUGCGGUUCCAUUCCAUGGACACCGUGAACCACACUGAAGCGGGCAAAGUGGGCUUUUCCGAGACAUAUUAUCCCCCAGAAGUGGACACUGGGCCGGGGACGAUUGUCAGUCAAAAAUAUGAUAUCUGGACCUUGGGCUGCGUCUACUUGGAGUUCAUCACUUGGUAUCUCAUCGGAUACGAUGCGAUCCGAGAGGACUACUUCACGGACCCCGAGGGGAAACGUUUGGAGAGCUUCACUCUACUCAGAUCAAAGAACGACAAGAAGCAUGGUGUGCCCACUAACCGAUUUUUCACCCAAGCUGACGGGUCUGGGGCCAAGGUAAAGGACUCGGUCAAAGAGUGGAUCAGGAUGCUUCAUGCAAUUCGACAUUGCUCUGAGGCCAUGGAUGAUUUCCUGGACCUUGUUGAGGAGCAUAUGCUGGUUGCAGUGCCCGACGGCCGAUGGCCGAUGGAUAGGGUGUGCACCGAGUUGGCUAAGAUUUUAGAGCGCUGUGAAGACAACGAUGUGUAUUGGCACUGGGAGAAGUCCAGACCCAUUCACAGCGAUGACAACUUUCCUCCCGAGUUCAACGAGCAGUCUACGCAAUAUAGUAGGGUUUCCAAGACGACCUAUUCUGCUUCUACCUCCUCUUUAGACAGUCGAUUAAAGCCAGAUCUCAAUGUCAUCGAGGGGGUCUUCGCCGAUGUGAUAUCAACAAGGCACCCACCACAGCCAUCAAGAUUGGGCGACCAACCAACCAGCGAAGUCAAAAGCAAGGCGGGCCAGCAUCUUUUACCGCCUGAUACUUGGUAUCCUUCUAAAAGGACGGCACCGAGUAACCACAGUUUGAGGUCCGACUCGUCCAGAUCGUUGGACCCUAAUGAUAUUUCACCGGGAGAUUCGCAGUUGAGCCCAGAUGCAGACCCCCAAACGCCUCAGAUCACUCCUGCAACUUCUUGUCGUCCAGACUCAUCAGAUGAAGCAUUCUUCCGCACAACCGAUAAGGAAAAGGUUGUUGACCCCGAGGAUCAGGAUGAAGUGGAUCUGCCAAAUGCGGAGGUCACGGCGAGACAGUAA